GGAGCGGAGGGGUUUGAGGUGUAGUGAUACUGUGGUAAAGCUGCAGCUGGCGGAGGACAGGUCGAUGAUAAAGCCCAGUUUGGACUCGGAGUACCGGUCCACCAUGGCGGACAGCAUCAUGAGCAAAGCUGCAACGAUGGAGAUUCCCAUCAACAGCAACGGAGACUCCAGAACAGCUGAAGACGACAGUCUGGAGCAGGCGGCACAGAUUGAUUGGAGCUUAGAGCGGAAGGACCUGCAGCAGGUGAUGGUGUCCGGGCCCAACCUGAACGAGACCAGCAUCGUGUCUGGAGGAUACGGAGGAGCCGCUGAGGGCAUCAUCCCCACCAGCUCCAUUAAAGGACCAGCUAUACUUUUCAACGAGGAGUAUUUUGAGAGGCGAUGUGGUAACACACCAAAGCCAGACCUUCGUUCCAAAUCUAGGGGAAUUCCUCCCAGCCAAUCAGCUGCCAGCAGAAUAGCCCACCAUCCAGACCAUCACCCAGCUCCCAGCAUGCACCACAGUAACAGCCUGUCGGCCAUGAUGUCGGAGGAGGCCACGCGAGGCAUAGCUGUGGAGAAAUUCGACAGCGUGAAGAAAUGGAGCAUCAACACGUACAAGUGCACGAAGCAGAUGUUCUCGGAGCGCUUCGGUCGUGGAACGCGGACGGUGGAUCUGGAGCUGGAGGCUCAGAUCGAUGUUCUGCGUGAAACUAAGCUGAAGUACGAACACAUCCUGAGAUUAGCGCAGUCGCUCACCGCCAACUUCUACAACAUGGUGCAGACGCAGCAAGCUCUGGGGGACACCUUCGCUGACCUCAGCCAGAAAUCUCCUGAACUACAGGAUGAGUUUGGCUACAACGCAGAAACACAGAGACUGCUGUGUAAGAAUGGAGAGACGCUGCUCGGAGCCAUUAACUUCUUCGUGUCCAGCAUUAACACUCUGGUCAACAAAACAAUGGAGGACACGCUAAUGACCAUCAAGCUGUACGAGAAUGCGAGGUUGGAGUUUGAUGCGUACAGGACAGAUCUGGAGGAGUUGAGUACUGGCCCCCGGGACGCUGCUACUAUGAUGAGGAUUGAGAUCGCCCAGCAGGAGUACCAGAUCCACAAAGAUAAAUACGAGCGUUUACGCAGUGACGUCACCAUCAAACUCAAGUUCCUGGAGGAGAAUAAGGUAAAGGUGAUGCACAAGCAGCUCCUCCUCUUCCACAAUGCGAUCUCAGCGUACUUCGCUGGGAACCAGCAGCAGCUGGAACAGACUCUCAGGCAGUUCAGUGUGAAGCUGAAGCCCCCCGGAUCAGAUAAGCCCUCCUGGCUGGAGGAACAGUGAUAAAACCCGUCCGUCAGUCUCUGGAGCAGCAGAGCAGCGGGAGGACGGACUGAUGGACUGAUGGAGUGAUGGAUGGAUUAUCUGACAGAGGGACAGUCAGGAUGAAUGGAGAGACGUCUCAGUGUUAAACCGCACCGUGAGAACAGAUCCGGCUCACGUGGAUCCGGGUCUGAUUCUGAAGAAGGAGAUUCCUGCAGUUAUUUUGGAUAUUUUUCUCACAGAACCUGUAACAUAACAUUAUUGUUCUGUACGUGAAAAAACGGCACCUUGUAGGGAAUUUUAUUUUAAUCACUAAUGUUUUAGAAGGAGACAGAAGCGCCGCGGGUGUGGCGGGCGUGGUGGGUGUGGUGGGUGUGGCGGGCGUGGUGGGCGUGGCGGUAGUGGUGUGUUGGUGGGUUACGGAUGCGGGACGCUGGAACGGGAGCAUGUGAUGGGAAGUUGUUUACAGUACAUCUCAUAAAUAGAUAAUUCAUGUAUAUUAUUGUGUAAAUUACAGUGUAAAGUCUCACAUAUAAAAAUAAACAGUUUGAAGAAA